AUGGGAGUAGACUAUCCAACUAUCAUUUUGUCAAGCCUCUGUGCUAUUGGUGGCCUAAUGGGAUAUUUUCGCAAAAACUCAUUGCCAUCAUUACUUGGAGGAUUGGGUGUAUCAGCAUUGUACGCAAUUGCCGGUUACAUCAUAAACCUGAAUGGCAGAUAUGGAGUUGAAUUGGCAUUAGCGGCCAGUAUUUUAUUAUUGCUUGCAGGGUUAUCAAGAUCCAUUACUACAAACUUUCAAAAACCAGUUCCACUUUUAUUGUUGGCAUUGGGAAUUUUAUCGGGUGGGAUAUAUUUUAAGAAAUUAGGAAAGGUUCAAAGAGUUGCUAGAUGA